GCCAUUUAUGACUGCUUGCAGUUGCGGAGCGUUCGCAGUUCGCUCAACGCCAUAAAGUGGAUUAACUGGCUUCAACCCUGGUCAUCUACUGAACAACUGCUUGACACAAUUACUCCAGCAGAGUCCUUUCUUCUUGCUGCCGCUGCUGCGAUCGAACACAAUCAAAUCCCUCUCGCCAGCAUUCUUUCUUAAGCAAAGAAACUUUGCUCCAGAAAGGCUUGUAAGACCAUCUGGUCCUGGUGCUUUUUGUUACCCAAUAUCACACAAGCAUUAGUAUAAUUCAGCUUCUUGUGGGAUACUGCAUAAGAAAUCCCUCUCAUCUUGACAAAGCAACGGUUGCAACAACAGCUCAUAUCAAGCUAUUGAACAUCAAGCUAUUUUAAUAAAACCAAGCAUGUCCUACUCGACUUUGGUCAGCAAUGGAAGUACUGAUUUUCGAGGGAGAAUUGCAGACAAGCGAAAAACGGGAGGAUGGAAGGGCUCUCCUUUUCUCAUAGCAAAUGAGGUGGCUGAGAGGUUAGCUUUUUUCGCCAUUGCUGUGAAUAUGGUAGCUUACUUGGUCUUUGAAAUGAACCAAUCACUCCCAACUGCUGCCACUCAUGUCACUGAUUGGAUUGGAGCUGCCUAUGUUUUAACUAUUUUUGGAGCGUUUGUCGCUGAUGCUUAUUGGGGCCGAUUCAAAACCGUCGUUGUCUUCUCUUGCGUAUAUGCAGUGGGAAUGGUCAUGUUAACAUUAUCAGCUGGUAUAGAUAGCCUGCGACCACCUAAAUGCAUGAAAAGACCCUGCAUAGAAGCAACCGAUCGUCAAUCGGGUUUCCUCUUCUGUGCGCUAGCCCUUAUCGCCCUUGGAACUGGAGGUAUCAAGCCGUGCGUUUCCUCAUUCGGGGCGGACCAAUUCGACGAGGCUGACAAAAAGGAAGCUCAAAAGAAAUAUGCAUUCUUCAACUGGUUCUUCUUUGCCAUUAACAUGGGUGCACUACUUGGUAUAACAGUGUUGGUGUAUGUAGAAGAUCAAAAGGGUUGGGUUUGGGGGUUUGCGGUUCCUACUGUGCUCAUGUUUAGUUCUGUCAUCAUUUUAGUUUCUGGGGUUCCUUUUUAUCGAUUCCAGAAGCCCAUGGGAAGCCCUUUCACAAGGUUUCUUCAGGUCAUUGUGGUCUCUGUAAGGAACCAUUUUGCAGGGGUUGCGGUGCGUCGCGACACUGGUCUUUAUGAAGUUGAUUCUGUUGAAUCUGACAUCACUGGUGCCCGAAAGAUUGCUCAUACAAGACAGUACAGCUUCUUAGACAAAGCAGCAGUAGCAACAAACCCAGAAGCCAACCCAAAGAACCGAUGGAGACUAUGCACAGUGACACAAGUUGAAGAAUUCAAAUGCUUUAUCCGAGUACUUCCAAUCUGGGCAUCAACGAUUGCUCUCGCACUCUCCUUCGCUCAACAGUCCACCUUCUUCGUCAGCCAAGCCAACAAAAUGGACCGCAAAAUUGGAUCAUUCACUAUCCCCGCAGGCUCCUCCCCUGUCUUCGCAGCCAUAAAUGGUCUCAUCCUUGUCCCCGUUUACGAACUCUGGAUAGUCCCAAUCCUUCGCAAAUACACCGGUCACCGCCGCGGCCUCACAUCUCUACAAAGAAUGGGUGUUGGCCUAUUUGUAUCAAUUUUCUCAUUAGCCUCAGCUGCAUUAGUAGAAAAGAAGCGACGUGACGAUCCAAACUCACUAACCAUGAGUGUAUUCUGGUUGUUCCCACAAUUCUUCUUACUAGGUACAGCAGAAGUGUUCACUUAUGUGGGACAAUUGGAGUUUUUCUACGAUCAAGCGACGGAUGGAACGAGGAGUAUCAGUAGUGCAUUUUUUCUGUCUGAGAUUGGGAUUGGGAGCUGGUUAAGUACUGCAUUGGUGAAGAUAGUUGAAAGAGCUACUGGUGGGCAAGAAAAAGGGUGGUUGAGGAAUGAUCUUAAUCAGAGUAGGCUUGAUUACUUUUACUGGAUAUUGGCUGCCAUUAAUGGAGCAAAUUUCUUGGUGUAUGUGUGGAUUGCUUGGCGUUUCAAAGGCAAGGCUGGUGAAGAGAAUAGUGUGAGAGAUGAGUCCAUUAUGCUUGAGAUGGGUCCUGGUCAAGUGGUGAAGAGAGGCGAUGAUGGUAAUGGAGAGCUUCGAAGUGUAAUGUUUUGAACGAAACUGUCACUGUAUUUUACACUGAAUUUUCUUUAUUUGUUUUUUUGUGGUUUUUUUUUUUAUUUCUUCUGUAAUUUUAAGGUUCUUAAAAGAUGUAUUCGGACCAAGAAC